CUGCCGCCGCCGCGGGUGUUUCCUGCGCUCCCGCUCCAGCGAGGACUGUCUCUGCUGCCUCCUCUUCCUCCUCCGACCUCAGUCCUCACCACCCUCCUCCCGCUCCUCAAAAGCACCCCUGAGUCCCCACCCCCUCACGCCCCACCCGCGGGAACGAGGCCUCGGGAAUACAGGGGAGUGGCUGUGGGGGCGCGUCGCGGCUCCCAGCUCGGCCAGCCCCUCUUUCAAGACAUGGUCUGAUCCCCAUUGUAAAAGCUGCGCCCCGAAGAGGAGGAGAGAGUGGUGCUCCCUGCCUGGGGCUGCAGGGAGCUCUCCGUGCUGAAGCUCUUGCAUUAUUUUAGGGUGGGGCGAGGAGGGCCCUGGAUUUUGGGGAGUGGGGGUGGGUGGGGAGGAGGACCCGAGGGGGGUAAGGACUCUGUGGGGGAGUCGGUGAGAGACUAUGGGGAAGGACCAGGAGCUGCUGGAAGCUGCUCGCACUGGAAAUGUGGCUCUGGUGGAGAAACUCCUGUCUGGCAGGAAAGGAGGGAUCCUGGGCGGUGGAUCCGGACCCCUGCCCCUGUCUAAUCUGCUAAGCAUCUGGCGAGGCCCCAAUGUGAACUGCACAGACAGUUCGGGUUACACUGCUUUACACCAUGCAGCCUUAAAUGGACAUAAGGACAUAGUUCUCAAACUACUUCAGUAUGAGGCAUCAACAAAUGUAGCAGACAAUAAAGGAUAUUUUCCUAUUCACCUGGCUGCCUGGAAAGGAGAUGUGGAAAUUGUGAAGAUUCUUAUUCAUCAUGGACCAUCACAUUCCAGGGUCAAUGAACAGAACAAUGAAAAUGAAACUGCCCUGCACUGUGCAGCUCAAUAUGGACACUCAGAAGUAGUUGCUGUUCUCCUAGAAGAACUCACUGACCCGACCAUUAGGAAUAGCAAGCUGGAAACACCUUUGGACUUGGCGGCACUCUACGGACGGCUUAGAGUGGUAAAAAUGAUCAUCAGUGCACAUCCUAACUUAAUGAGCUGCAACACUCGCAAGCACACGCCACUUCACCUUGCUGCGCGCAAUGGCCACAAAGCAGUCGUGCAGGUGCUGCUGGAGGCAGGAAUGGAUGUGAGCUGUCAAACAGAAAAGGGGAGUGCACUUCAUGAAGCAGCUUUGUUUGGAAAGGUGGAUGUUGUACGAGUUCUGUUAGAAACAGGAAUUGAUGCCAACAUAAAGGAUAGCUUAGGUAGAACUGUCUUGGACAUUCUGAAAGAACAUCCAUCUCAGAAAUCUCUCCAGAUUGCAACACUCUUACAAGAGUAUUUAGAAGGUGUGGGAAGAUCUACAGUCCUUGAAGAGCCUGUGCAGGAAGAUGCAACACAAGAAACACACAUUUCAUCUCCUGUUGAGUCUCCCACCCAAAAGACCAAAAGUGAAACCGUCACUGGAGAAUUAUCAAAACUCUUGGAUGAAAUAAAACUCUGUCAAGAAAAGGAUUAUUCGUUUGAAGACUUGUGCCACACAAUAUCAGACCACUACUUAGAUAAUUUGAGCAAGAUUUCAGAGGAAGAACUUGGGAAAAAUGGAAGCCAGAGUGUAAGAACCUCAUCUACAAUCAAUUUGUCACCAGGAGAAGUGGAAGAAGAGGAUGAUGAUGAAAAUACAUGUGGGCCAUCAGGACUUUGGGAAGCAUUAACUCCAUGUAAUGGAUGUAGGAACCUUGGCUUCCCCAUGCUUGCACAGGAGUCCUAUCCAAAAAAGAGAAAUUACACUAUGGAAAUUGUACCAUCUGCUUCUCUGGAUACAUUUCCUUCAGAAAAUGAGAACUUUCUGUGUGAUCUCAUGGACACAGCUGUUACAAAGAAACCUUGCUCCUUAGAAAUUGCAAGGGCACCUUCCCCAAGAACUGAUAAUGCCUCUGAGGUAGCAAUUACUACUCCAGGAACUAGUAACCAUAGAAACAGCUCAACAGGCCCAACACCUGAUUGUUCACCUCCAUCCCCUGAUACUGCCCUCAAAAAUAUUGUAAAAGUCAUUCGACCCCAGCCUAAACAGCGAACAUCCAUUGUGUCUUCUCUGGAUUUUCACCGAAUGAAUCACAACCAAGAAUAUUUUGAAAUCAACACAUCUACAGGGUGCACAAGCUUUACUGCCAGCCCUCCUGCUAGUCCACCCACCUCUUCUGUGGGAACCACAGAAGUCAAGAAUGAGGGAACUAAACAUACAGAUGACCUCUCUCAACAGGAUGACAAUGAUCCCCCAAAAGAAUAUGAUCCUGAGCAAUUUGCAGGCCUGCUCCAUGGAUCCUCUCCAGCCUGUGAGUCCCCUGAAAAUCCAUUUCACCUCUAUGGGAAAAGAGAACAAUGUGAAAAAAGACAAGAUGAAGUCAGUUUGGCAAACAGUCCUUUGCCUUUCAAGCAGUCUCCAAUAGAAAAUAACUCAGAACCUUUGGUAAAGAAAAUUAAACCCAAAGUGGUCAGUAGAACAAUUUUUCACAAAAAAAGCAACCAACUUGAAAACCAUACCAUUGUUGGCACAAGAUCAACCAGGAGUGGAUCUCGGAAUGGGGACCAGUGGGUUAUGAAUACAGGGGGAUUUGUGGAGAGAGCCUGUACUCUGGGGAGAAUAAGGUCAUUGCCUAAAGCCUUGAUCGACAUGCAUUUGUCAAAAAAUGUCUCUAAAUCUGAUUCUGAUCUCAUUGCCUAUCCUUCCAAUGAGAAAACAUCAAGAGUUAACUGGAGUGAAUCUUCCACUGCUGAACACAGUUCUAAAGGGAAUUCUGAAAGAACACCAUCCUUCACAUCGGAAUGGGAAGAAAUUGACAAAAUAAUGAGUUCCAUAGAUGUUGGAAUCAACAAUGAACUUAAAGAAAUAAAUGGUGAGACCACAAGACCCAGAUGCCCUGUCCAAACAGUGGGACAAUGGUUGGAAAGCAUUGGGCUACCUCAGUACGAGAACCACCUGAUGGCUAAUGGAUUUGACAAUGUGCAGUUUAUGGGAAGCAAUGUUAUGGAAGAUCAGGAUUUGUUGGAAAUUGGAAUCCUUAAUUCUGGGCACCGACAAAGAAUUCUACAGGCAAUCCAGCUCCUUCCAAAGAUGAGACCCAUUGGGCAUGAUGGCUACCAUCCCACCUCUGUAGCUGAGUGGCUGGAUUCCAUUGAACUGGGCGACUACACCAAAGCCUUUCUAAUUAAUGGCUACACAUCGAUGGACCUGUUGAAAAAAAUCUGGGAGGUUGAACUUAUUAAUGUUUUAAAAAUCAAUUUGAUUGGCCACAGGAAACGUAUUUUGGCAUCUCUGGGAGACAGGCUGCACGACGAUCCCCCACAGAAGCCCCCUCGGUCCAUCACCCUCAGGGAACCCAGUGGUAAUCACACUCCUCCUCAGUUGUCUCCAUCACUUAGCCAAAGCACUUACACCACUGGUGGCUCCCUAGACGUUCCUCACAUUAUCAUGCAGGGCGAUGCAAGGAGGAGAAGAAAUGAAAACUACUUUGAUGAUAUUCCCCGAUCAAAACUGGAGAGGCAGAUGGCUCAGACAGGAGACUGGGGAGAACCUUCCAUUACCUUGCGACCUCCGAAUGAAGCCACAGCCUCCACUCCGGUACAGUACUGGCAGCAUCACCCAGAGAAGCUUAUCUUCCAGUCAUGUGAUUACAAAGCUUUUUAUUUAGGUUCUAUGCUGAUAAAAGAGCUUAGGGGGACAGAGUCAACCCAAGAUGCUUGUGCAAAAAUGCGGGCUAACUGUCAGAAGUCUACAGAGCAAAUGAAGAAGGUCCCUACUAUUAUUCUUUCUGUUUCAUAUAAAGGAGUCAAAUUUAUUGAUGCAACAAAUAAGAACAUAAUUGCUGAGCAUGAAAUUCGUAAUAUCUCCUGUGCUGCCCAGGACCCAGAAGACCUCUCAACAUUUGCCUAUAUCACAAAAGAUUUGAAGUCCAAUCACCACUACUGUCACGUGUUUACUGCCUUCGAUGUGAAUUUAGCCUACGAAAUCAUCCUAACCCUGGGACAGGCAUUCGAAGUCGCUUACCAGCUAGCACUACAAGCAAGAAAAGGGGGACACUCCUCCACACUUCCGGAAAGCUUUGAAAACAAACCCUCCAAACCCAUCCCCAAGCCCCGCGUUAGCAUUCGCAAGUCCGUGCAGAUCGACCCAUCUGAGCAAAAGACUCUGGCCAAUCUACCGUGGAUUGUGGAGCCGGGCCAAGAAGCCAAGAGGGGCAUUAAUACCAAGUAUGAAACCACGAUUUUCUGAUACUCGCCGUCCUCCUGUCCUCGCGGUGCCUUGCUCGCCAAGCAGUCCCGGAGCAGGCUUUCCUUCGCGCCUCCGCGUCCACCCAGCCCAGGAGGAAGACUGCUCUGAGCGUGCGGCCUUGUUACGGGCGAAAGGCCACUGGCCAUUCCUGGGGAAGUUCUUUCUGCACCAGUGACGAAAACGCAAGACUUUCCGGUCGCAACCCCCGAGAGGCGUGAGUUGAGAUGGGUUUUCCCUGAUGCUCCCGACUCCCCUCCCCACCACCUCCCAAGGUAUUUCUGAUGACUCCGCCCCAGUACUUGCUUUGCUUCAUUUGGGGAUAAUACCUUUUCUUAAAAAAAAAAAAAAAAAAAAAAAAAAAAAAAAACGGGGAUCUCUAAUACUGCCUAAAAGUAUGUUUUCACUGUCAGCAGUCUUAAGGGUGAAAUCAGAGCAGCACUACCCCUCCCACCUCCAAAGCAUCUGUAAAAUCAUUCUAUCAUUGAGUAUCAUUUAUUGCAAAAGGACAAAAACAACUCCCGUGAUAUGAUUGCCAGGAGAUUCUGUUUCCCGAUUUCUAUAUUUGUGGAUUUUAUAUGUAAUCAACUAUGUCAGAGAAAGAAAACCUUUCAACUGAAUGGUUCAAAAGGAAAGAAUGAUUUAAAACAGAGAAAUUUAUUAUGCACAGCAAAAUGUGUCUUGUAUUAAAUAUUUUUAUUAUAAGAAUGUCUCAUUAAUGCAUUGAUAAGAAAACUAGGUUAGUUGUGAGGGAUGUUUCUGGUUUCAUUUCAAAUAAUUAAAUUUCUACUGCUACUACCAAGAGGACUGGCUCAGUGGUGGCAAAAUAGUGGUGAUGCUCCCUAGAGCAGGAGGCCCGAAAGUGCUGAGGCAGCCAUCAGCCUGCCAAGAUUGUUUUUUUAAUCUUCACAGUGUUUUAAAGAACAUGUUAAAAAAAAAAAUCUAGUGCUCCUGCUGUCAAGAUUUCUGUCAUGGAAACCUUGUUUGAGAAAGGUGUUAAUAAAAUUCUAUUGCAAAAAUUUCUUUUUCUAGAAAAAAUAAAUACAAAAAAAAGAAGAAAUUCCAAAGUAAUAAAACUUUUCUUGAGACAAAAAAAAAAAAAAAAAGUUUGCUUACUAUUUGAUUAAAUAAAAUUUACUUACAUUUCUUUAAGGUAUUUUAAUUUUUUAAUGUCUCUGUGGAGUAUUUGUAUGAUACCAUAAUGUAUAUUUAUGUAGAAUCAAAUUAUAUAAACAGUACCAAUAUCAUUAUAGAAAAAAAUAACAUUUUAAUGUAUAUUGUUCUAACAAUCAUAUUGUGAAUCAUUUUGAAGUUCAUUAUAGCGAUAUUGAUAAAUUGUGGAAUUGUCUUAAUGUUUUUUUAUUAACUGAUAUUAUUUUAAACCUAAUGAUCAGUUACAUUCAUCAGUUGGUGAGUUUUGAAGAAUAACUACAUUUUAUUUCAAACUAACAAAUGUAUAUGGUUUUAGUUCAGUGUUGAAGAAUUUUAAUACAAUAUUAAAUUACUUGAACUGAACAGUUCCUUGUAUAUAUUUUGCCUAUUCACUGUUGAUAUGUAUGUAGCAAACUGAGAGUUAAAUAACACUAAAAUAUGGUACCAGGAGGCAAUUGUAUAGGAGCAAAGUCAGUAGGAGCUUUGCUGAAACAGAAGCAUAUGUGUAAAUAAGCUUGGGCUUCCAGUUAUAAAUUUUGUAAUUUUUGUCAUUAUUUAUAUCCUAUAAAAAAAAAGCACACAAAAAUAAAACAGAAGUUGUACAGCA